CAGGCCAACAGCUAAGCGUUUUCUACCACUAGUGCAAUUAGGAAGAGCAGAACAGCUAGACGCUGAUCUAAAAUUAAGCUCGUUCAGACGGAUAAAAGAGGGAGUGGGAGAGAGAGAGAGAGGGGAAGAGCUGUGAGCGAGGAAGAUAAGAAGAGUAGAUGGGUUCCCUUGCAGCAAAGAAGCCCCAUGCAGUGUGCAUCCCUUACCCCUCCCAAGGGCACAUAAGCCCCAUGCUGAUGCUAGCCAAGCUCCUCCAUGGCCGCGGCUUCCACAUCACCUUCGUCCUAACUGAAUAUAACUACAACCGCCUAGUUCGUUCACAAGGCCCAGAGGCCGUCAAGGGCCUUGCCGACUUCUGCUUCGAGACCAUCCCCGACGGCCUCCCUGCUUCCGAUGCUGACGCGACGCAGGACGUCCCUUCCCUCAGCGACUCCACAACGAAGAACUUCCUCGCCCCAUUCCGCCGUCUCAUCGCCAGGCUCAAUGAUUAUUCCCCUCCGGUAUCCUGUAUCGUCUCCGACGGAGUGAUGACCUUCACGCUAGACGCCGCUCGAGAGUUCGGCAUCUCAGAAAUCCUCUUCUGGACAGCCAGCGCCUGCGGCUUUCUCGCAUACAUCCACUAUCAGCAACUUAUCGAUCGUGGUCUCAUUCCUCUGAAAAGUGAGGCCGAUAUGAGCAACGGCUUUCUUGACACCAGAGUGGAUUGGAUUGCCGGGCUCACCGAUAGCAUGUCUCUCAAAGACUUUCCCAGCUUCAUCCGCACAACAGAUGCCAAAGACAUCAUGCUCAACUUCUUUUUGCACGAAACUAGCCGAGUCAACAUGGCCGACGCCAUCGUUAUUAACAACUUCGAAGAACUCGAAGCCCCCGCCCUCACGUCGCUGCAGAAAAUCCUUCCUCCCAUCUAUACCGUCGGCCCGCUCUCCGUCCUCGCGCGCGGCGCUGUUCCUAACGAAAGCCCUCUCGCCGCCAUCACUGCCAGCCUAUGGAAGGAGGACAGAACGUGCCUCAAUUGGCUCGACGGUAAGAAGCCUGCGUCAGUUGUAUACGUCAACUUUGGAAGCAUUACUGUGAUGACAAAGGAGCAGUUGGUCGAGUUCGCGUGGGGGCUGGCGAACAGCCGCUACAACUUUCUCUGGGUUAUCCGGCCCGACCUCGUGAAAGGAGAGUCCGCCGUGCUGCCGCCGGACUUCAUGGAGGAGAUUAAAGAGAGGGGAUUUUUGACGAGCUGGUGCGCACAGGAGGAGCUGCUUACACACCCGGCUGUAGGCGUCUUCUUGACCCACUCCGGCUGGAACUCGACGUUAGAGAGCUUAUGCGGCGGUGUGCCGAUGAUUUGUUGGCCGUUCUUUGGAGAGCAGCCGACGAACUGCAAGUACUCAUGCACCGAUUGGGGGGUUGGGAUGGAGAUUGAGAAAAAUGUGAGGAGGAAUGAAGUGGAGGAAUUGAUAAGGGAGAUGAUGGGAGGAGAAAAUGGGAAGAAGAUGAGGGAGAAGGCGGUGAAAUGGAAGGAGAGCGCAGCCAAGGCCACUGGACCCAAUGGCAGCUCAGCGGCCAACUUGGACAGGGUGGUGAAUGAAGUUCUUCGAAGAAGUUAAUUGAAAGAGAUGUUUUUACACCUUAUAUUAAUUAGAAGAAAUUCGUAUGGUUUGCAUUAAGAUGGCAAAAUUUUUGUACACUUCGCAACUUGCAGGGAUGACUAUAAUAUAUCCUCUUGGUGCUAGUUAUUUCAUAAUUUUGAGAGGUUUAUCUGUCAGUUUUAGCUAUAUAUAUAUACAUAUGGCUAGCUGUUGUAUGAUACUCAAUGAACGGGAAGUUUCUGAGA